AUGACCAACAAAGCAGAAAGUUUCAGUGAAAAAGAUCAGCUUUUGAAAGAAAGAAGAGCCAAAUUAGCCAAAUGGAAGCAGAAAAAGGCACAGUUCGAUCUUGAAAAGAAACAAACGAAAAGCAGUCAACCUGAAGUAAAUGAAUCUCAAAUUACUAACAUUAGACAAGAUGCAUCUGCAGAAGAUAAACUAGCGGCGAGAAGGAAAAGACUUGAAGAAUGGAAGUCAAAAAAACGAAAUAUAAGUGAUGUUAAUAAGUCGGAUGAGCCAAAGAAUAAACGUCCCAAGAAAACUACCAGGAUAGAGUUCGAAGAUAGUGACACUGAAAUUAGUGAACCAGCGGUGGCACUGUUUAGGCCUGACUCCAUUAGUGGGCAGGACGAUGCAGAUUUUACUUUAAAUCGACAAUAUCAUGACGACGUGGAUCCUCUGGAUGCACUUAUGAAUGGCUUAACCGGAGGUGAGGACAGCAAGGGAACUACAUCUAGAGGAGAUGUUUUAGAUGAAACUACUGUUAGUGAUUUUGAUGAUAGUGACAUAGUGGUGACUGAUGAUGAGUUUGAAGCAAAAAACUUCAAACGUAUAGCGAGAAUGAAAUCGUUAAAAAAGGUCACAGAAGUAAAAUAUGAUAAGAACAAUCUGGAACCAUUUCAAAAAGUGUUCUAUCAAGAAACUCCAGAAAUCAGAAACAUGACAGCGGAUGAAGUUUCUGAAUUACGGUUAAAUUUAGAUAAUAUUAAAAUUAAAGGGCAUGGUUGUCCAAAUCCCAUAACAAGAUGGUCGCAGUUAGGUCUCAACACAUCAAUAAUGAAUUCGAUAAAAAAUGUCAUGAAGUUUCAGGAGCUUACACCAAUUCAAGCUCAAGCAUUGCCAGCAAUCAUGAGUGGUAGAGACGUUAUUGGUAUUUCAAAGACCGGUUCUGGUAAAACGAUAUCAUAUCUACUUCCAUUAUUGAGGCAAGUAAAGAGUCAGAGAGACCUAUCUAAUUCUGAAACAGGGCCGAUCGGACUUGUGCUCGCCCCUACAAGGGAAUUAGCUUUGCAAAUACAUGAAGAAAUCAAUAAGUUGAUCAAUGACGAUGCAUCAUUGAAUUGUAUCUGCUGUACUGGAGGCUCAGAACUGAAAGAUCAGAUUUCUUCAGUCAAAAGGGGGGUUAAAAUAGUGGUAGCUACUCCUGGUAGAUUCAUAGACCUGCUGACAAUAAAUUCAGGAAAACUUUUAAGCACAGGGAGAAUAACAUUUGUUGUUAUGGAUGAAGCAGAUAGAUUAUUUGACAUGGGAUUUGAACCACAAGUUACUCAAAUAAUGAAAGCUAUCCGACCUGACAAGCAGUGUGUACUUUUCAGUGCAACAUUUUCGAAUAAAAUACGAAGCUUUGCUAUGAGAGUACUAAAAAAUCCUAUAACCAUAACAAUCAACUCAAAUAAUAUCGUUAAUGAAAAUGUUAGCCAAAAUUUUAGGGUAUGUGAAUCUGACACACAGAAGUUUGAUGAACUAAUAUCCCUUUUGAAAGAAAGAAAUGACAAGCACGAAGCACAAGAAGGUUUUGAAGAGUCGGAUAAUCUACAAGAUAAUAAAACUAUUAUUUUUGUAGCCAGUCAACAGAUUUGUGAUAUAUUAGAGACUAAUUUAGUAAGUUCUGGAUUUGAGAUCUUUUCUAUUCAUGCUGGGAAACCUUAUCAAGAAAGGGUGCUAAAUCUAGAGAAAUACAGACGAACCAGAAAUAGUCUUCUAUUGUGUACUGAAGUCUUGUCUAGGGGACUAAACGUUCCCGAAGUGUCACUGGUCAUUAUUUAUAAUGCAGUCAAGACUUUUGCCCAAUACAUACAUACGACUGGCAGGACUGCUAGAGGGAAUUCAAAAGGUAAGGCUGUUUCAUUUUUAUUGAAAGAUGAAUUAGCAGCUGCAUAUAUCUUGAAGAAAGCAAUGCGGGAACAUGACUUCGAAAAUCAGGAUCCUCUGGAUCUAACACAUCUGAAUGCAAUGAACGCGGAGUUCGAAAAGGGUAUGAACUCUGGGCAAUAUAAACUGUUUUCUGGUUUUGGCGGUAAAGGUCUAGAAAAUAUGGAUACUAAGAGGGAAAAGAAGGAACAAGAAGAGAAAUUGGGAUUUGAAAAUAAUAUAAAAGCAAGUGCCGCAUCCGAAGGAAGCAUCUCUGCUGGGUCUACCUCAAAACCUGUUAACCAACUUUCUACUGAUGAAAUACAAAUGCCUAAAUUAGAACAUAAAAUUGUAAAGACAUCAGAAGUUGAUGGCAGCGUGGUUUUUAGUGCAGAAGUUUAUGUCAAUGAUCUACCGCAGCUUGUAAGAUGGGAAGCUACAAAAAAUACAACGUUAAUGUUCGUGAAGCAUGAAACAGGUUGUAGUAUCACAAACAAGGGUAAAUUUUACCCGGAAGGCUCAAAGCCGAAGAAUGCAAGUGACGAGCCAAAACUGUAUCUUCUCAUAGAAGGCCACGAGGAAAAAAGUGUCAAAUUGAGCAUUGAACUUCUUGAAACUAAGGUUAAAGAAGGUAUAAAGAAAAUAGAAUACCAAACAAUUAAGAGCAAUAAGUAUUAG